AUGAACGCAUUCCUCGCCUCAGCUCUCGUGGCUUUGUCCCUUAUCCAGAUCACCAUCGCUGGUUGUCCCCAAAUGCCGACUGGAGUCGUUGCAACUAACAUUGGAGGCAAGUAUUCUCACUCAUCAGUCGGAGGUUCCUGCCCGGAGACGGCCACGUGCUAUACCAAGAACAAAGUAGAGGCGUGUUACGUUGUGACGUCAACUCCGGCAUGCCCGAGAUUCCCCGCUGGAUCGAAGGCUCAGAGCAUUGGCCCUGCUCUUGCUGAAACGUGUUUUAUUGGUCAAUGCUACUACAAGAAUGGCUAUUCUGAUUGCUACAUG